AUGGUGAAAUCCACUGAGAUGAAUGCAUUGCAAGUUCAAUAUGCUGAUAAGGGAACUGUAGAAGGUUUUGCUCAAGAUGUUGCAGGACCAAGUGUAGCUGCUAGACACAACUAUGAGACAAGAAAAAAAUUACAUUUUGGGGAACAAGGUGAAACAGAGGAGGGUGAGACACUAUCAUCACCUACCGAUGAUAGUGAUUUAGAGUGGAAAACAGGAAGGCAUUACAGUGAAGAAGAUGAUGAUACAGAUGAAGAUGAGGGUGAUUAUGUAGAUAGUGAUGUUGACCUUGACAUUGGAGAAUAUUAUGAUAGUGAUGAAGCAGGUCAUAGAAACCCACACACUUCAAGAAGAGAUAAUUUUCUUGACCCUAACAGCAACAUUCCAAAUCCAGAAACUGAUGAGGUGUAUAUCAAUGGAAAAAUUGUUUUGAGACAGUUUCUAAGAUUUAGUGACCAUAGACAAUUUGCACAGGUAAUGAGAGACUAUGCAGUGCAAGAAGGUUUUGAAUUGCAAAAAGUAAAACAAGAAAGAAUUCGUGUCACAUUUGUUUGUAGGGCAGAUGCUUGUCCAUGGCGCAUACAUGCGUCGUUGUCUCCUAACGAAAGGUUGUUCAUCAUCAAAACCUUUAACAACACCCACACAUGUCAAUGUGUAAGGACAAAUAGGGCAGCCAAUAGUGGUUGGAUAGCAAAGAAGAUGGUUGGCCCAAUCAGUAGACAUCCAAAUAUGAGUCUCAAAGGUAUGCGAGAAGAGUUGAAGGAUACUUGGGGAAUUGAGGUGAAUAAUAAAAGGCUCUGGAGAGCUAGAGCAAUUGCUAGGGGGGAAGUUGAAGGUAGUGCUGCAAUUAUUCAAAGUCAGCUUGUGGACAUAAAUAAACCAUCUGAGGAGGUAGAAGAGGAAGUUCCACCUAAAUCUCGAGUGCCAAUUUGGAGACCUCAGUUUCAAAGAAUAUUUAUAUGUUAUAAUGGGGUAAAACAAGGAUUUUUGGUUGGAUGUCGACCUUUUUUUGGAUUGGAUGGUUGUCAUUUGAAAGGCCCUUAUAAGGGGAUCUUACUUUCUGCCACAGGAUUAGAUGCAAACCUUCAUUUUUAUCCAAUUGCAUAUGCCAUUGUUGAGGCUGAAAAUACAGAUUCAUGGAAGUGGUUCAUUCAUCUACUUUGA